AUGCUCUACAACGUUAAUUACACGCUAAAAUUGGAAUGGCGCACUAAUCCAUAUUUGACAUGUUCAGAACUCUUCGAGCACUGCCAUCUUCAAGACGCCUCCCCCCCCCCCUCAUUUGAAAGGAAGCCAGGAAUCCGCAUUGAUGACAAGAAAAGUCUUAUUUUAACUCUACUCCUAACUUUAGGUUCCAUUUCAUUCAUUUGCUUAGUGUUUGGGGCGUUUAUUUUCUUCUUCUACAGGCGUCAAGUCUAUUCAUACACAAAGCUUUCUGAAAGUGCUAGCUUGAGGUUUACUGAGGAUUGUACUUUACGAACAUUUUCCUUUGAUGAAUUGGUGAACUCAACAGGAAACUUCAAAGAGGAGGUUGGCAGAGGAUCUUUUGGAGUGGUUUAUAAGGGUGCAAUAUGUGGAUGUAACAGAAGCAUUGCUGUGAAGAAACUAGAUGUAGUUGUUGAUGAAGGAGAGAGGGAAUUUCAAGCUGAAAUAACUGCAAUUGCCCGAACUCAUCAUAGAAAUCUUGUUCAGCUCAUUGGUUAUUGCAUUGAUGGUUCAAAAAAGCUUCUUGUAUACCAAUACAUGAGCAACGGGUCAUUAGCAGAUUUUUUAUUCAAAGCCGAGAUGCGGUUGUCAUGGAGACAGAGAGUCAAGAUUGCAUUGGAUGUAGCAAGAGCCAUUUUGUAUCUCCAUGAGGAGUGUGAAGUUUGUAUUGUCCAUUGCAACAUUAAGCCCCAGAAUAUACUUAUGGAUGAAAUGUGGACUGCAAAAUUAUCCGAUUUUGGACUUGCAAGGCUAAUAAUGCCAGAACAUUCAAGUUUUACUACUAGAAAUGAGAUAACAAGUGGUUACAUGGCACCUGAAUGGCAGAAAGAUGCAUCUACGACAUCAGUAAAAGUUGACAUCUAUAGUUAUGGUAUGGUGCUGCUAGAGAUCAUCUGUUGCAGAAGGAAUACAGAUGUAAAGGCUUCCUCCACUGAGGAGAUAAUGCUUUCAAGUUGGGCAUAUAAUUGCUUUGUGAGAGGGGAAUUGAGUAAACUAGUAGUAGAUGAAGAUGUGGAAUGGAACACAAUGGAAAGAAUGGUGAAGGUGGCAUUGUGGUGUGUUCAGAAGGACCUAUCUUUACGUCCUUCAAUGAAGAAUGUGAUACUGAUGUUGGAAGGGCUAAAACAUAUCCCAAUUCCUCCAUCGCCAACCCCUCUUGUUUGAUCAUCGUCAAUAGUAUAUGGGGCUUUCUGCAUGAGAAUCAAUACAUGUAUAAUUAUCCAUUCUCAUUCCAGUUUGUAUUUACCUAUCUAUAUAUCCUGGCUAUGUCUGCAAUUGCAUUUUUAUUUUCCUUGUAUAUCCACUACCACGAAUGCAUAUGUUAAUUUCCUUAUA